AUGGCUUCAGAUGAUGCCCAACACCAAGAGGAAAUCAUACUCGCCCUUACGUCAUACCAAAGGGAAGACUACGACAGACCCAUCAUCACCACGCCACCCGGGAUACAUGCGCUCGUCCAGCCCUUCAUCACUGAAGCCUUCACUACCGAUGCCGUCACAGCGCUCGGCUGCCUGCAGGCCCUCCCGGUCGAAAUAAUAGUGGAGCUGUGUCGCGCCAUGGACAUCACCACACUCUUCCGCUUCCGCCAGGCCAACCGACGGACGCGCCAGAUCAUAUCGGGCAUCAAGGCCUACCGAGAGAGCUCGACCCAUGCCCUCGAGAGCUUCAGGGCGAUUCUGCGCCUCGGCGUCAAUACCGCGACCAUCGUCGACCUCUACUGGGCCCUACACGGCCCACCAAAGUGCGCCACCUGCGACCGGUUCGGCUACCUCCUCUUCCUCCCCACGAUGCAGCGCUGCUGCGCCACCUGCCUCGAGAAUUGGAGCAGCCCGAGCUACUCCAUCGCCCCGGCCACCACCGUGGCGAAGCUGAUCGGCAUACGGCACCAAAGGCUUAGAAGGAUCGUCGACUCCACUCGAUCGCUGACGGGGCCGUUCCUGCACGGCGAGUACCGCGGCAGCAAGCGUUACAAUCUGGUGACCCAGGACGAGGUUGCGCGGCUGUUCCCCGACGUCGAGCCAAAGUCUGCGUUCUUCCCCGGUCCGAUAUCCAAGGCAUUCGAUGCACAGUGGGGUAAAUUCGUCCGCUACAGAUACAUGGUGACAACCUUUAUUCCCCAUAUCGACCGCGCCUCGGGCAUCAUCGAGCGACGUUACAGCUGUGACGGUUGCAGGAAGUUCGCGGAGAAGGGGCGCCACUUCCUCCACUCACCCAGGGAAAACGUGACAGCCUGCUUCUCGAGGGAGCAGUUCUUAGAGCAUUUUCGCACGUGUCCUUUUGCCCAUAGGAUCUGGAAGGGAUGCUGA